AUGACCGCCGUCCACGACCAGGUGCGUCCGACCUUCCUUCCUUCCUUCCUCCUCGGCCUCGUCGGUCAGCUAGCUGACCGCUGUCUUUCCUCGCAGGCUGCUUCGUCCUCGGACCCGGAGAAGGGCGAGAAGGCGACCGGCAUCAAGGGCGCAGGCGACCUCGACGGCUUCGACCAGGGCAAGAUCGUCCUCGUCCAGUUCGAGAAGGGCGACCCCGAGAACCCGCUCAACUGGAGCAAGCCUCGCAAGUGGCUCAUCACCUUCCUCUUGUGCAUGAUGACCGUCAUGAUCGGCCUGUCGACGACGGCGUACUCGUCUGGUAUCGGCUCGAUGGUCGAGGAGUUUGGCGUCGCCAACGUCGUCGGUCAAAUCGGCAUGAUGUGCUUCAACGGCGCCUGCGCUGUCGCACCGCUCUUCCUUGCGCCCUUCUGCGAGAUGGUCGGUCGUCGCGAGGUCUACCUCACCGCCUACCUCUGCUUCACCCUCGUCUUCAUCCUCCUCGCCGACGCGCCCAACAUUGGCGCUGCCCUCGCCGCUCGCACCCUGUCCGGCCUGUUCGGCUGCGUUGGUACGAUCCUCGUCGGUGGCACCCUCGCCGACAUCUGGAACACGCGCGAGCGCGGUCUGCCCAUGAGCUGCUUCACCUUCUCGGCCAUCUUCGGCACCGUCGCCGCGCCCAUCUACUGCGGCUACAUCGACCAGUCGAUCGGCUGGCGCUGGAUCGAGUGGAUCCACAUGAUCGCCAACGGCUGCCUCCUCGUCCUCGAGGUCAUCUUCCUCAAGGAGACUCGCGGCGCCAAGAUCCUCCUCAAGCGCGCCAAGCAGAUGCGCAAGGAGACUGGCCGCAACAACAUCCGUGCGCCGGUCGAGCUCGAGAACGAGUCCGUCAAGGACCUCCUCAAGGCGUCGUGCACCCGCUCGGUCGUCCUCCUCUUCAAGGAGCCCGUCGUCCUCGCGUUCGGCCUCUGGAUCGCCUACGCCUGGGGCAUCACGUUCCUGUUCCUGUCCGCCAUCCCGCUCUGCUUCCAGAACAACCACGGCUGGUCUGAGGGUGACGGCGGCCUCCCCUACAUCGCCCUCGUCGUCGCGUGCUUCAUCGGAUUCGGCACGUCGCGCUGGUCCGACUCGAUCUACGACCGCAAGCGCGACGCCAACAACGGCAUCCCAAUCCCCGAGUACCGCCUGAUCGGCGCCAUGUGCUUCGCGUGGAUGCUCCCCGCCGGCCUCUUCAUCUUCUCGUUCACCCAGUACGGCUUCAUCACGCCGGCUGCGCCCAUCAUCUCGCUCGUCCUCAUCCUCCUCGGCAUCUACCACGUCUUCAACGCUACUUACAACUUCACUGCCGACGCCUACCCCGAGGUCGCCUCGUCUGCCAUCGCCGGCCAGGGCCUUCUCCGUAACAUGUUCGGCGGCUGCACUCCUCUGUUCGCCAACCAGAUGUUCAACGGCAUGGGCUACCAAUACGCAGGCCUCCUCCUUUCGCUCGUCGCCUCGCUCGCGAUCCCCCUGCCGUACAUCCUGUUCAAGUACGGCGAGAAGAUCCGGGCCAAGUCCAAGUACGCCGCCAACGACGCCGACCUCGAGGCCGAGCGCGUGUCGGACGACGAGAACCAGAACGACGCGCGCCCGACCAUCACUCGCGAGGGCACGUACACGGGCCAGCUCGUUUGAGCGGCGCUCGCGGACCCGUUCCUCGCUCGCAUUUUUCGCCUUUCGUCCCUCUCCCCGCGAUUCCACCUCUUCCCUCCUCGUACAGCCUCGCUUCACUUAGACCACCUUUACACCUCGUAGACCCCUAGACUCUCUGUAGAUACCUCUCUCUGCACGCCGCAUUCAUCGGUGCCGAAUUGCAUCAAUCAGUGUUCCUCCCCU